AGGAACAAAGGAUGGGGCAGACCAUCAUCGUCAUCAUUCAAAAUUCAGUUAUUCAACAGUGGGGGAAGGAGAUUAGAGAGUACCCAUGGCGACUUUGGUGGUGUUGCAGCAGCCUAAACAACCCUCUUUCUCUUUUCUUCAUUCCUCCCUUUCUGAUUUCAGUGGCACCAAACUUCACACCCAAGUUCAGUGUAAGAGAAGAGUAUAUCAACCGAAAGGAUUACUACAUGUUACAGCAUCAAGUGCCAAGAAAAUUCUCGUAAUGGGUGGCACUCGAUUUAUUGGUGUGUUUUUGUCAAGACUUCUUGUCAAAGAGGGUCACCAGGUGACCUUGUUUACUAGAGGUAAAGCACCAAUCACCACACAGUUGCCUGGUGAAUCAGAUCAGGACUAUACUGAUUUUUCUUCCAAGAUCUUGCACUUGAAGGGAGACAGAAAAGAUUUCGAGUUUGUGAAGUCUAGUCUCUCGGCUGAAGGCUUUGAUGUUGUGUAUGAUAUAAAUGGACGAGAAGCUGAUGAAGUUGAACCCAUAUUGGACGCACUUCCAAAACUGGAACAGUACAUAUACUGCUCGUCAGCUGGCGUUUACCUCAAGUCUGACCUUUUGCCACACUUUGAGACGGAUGCAGUUGAUCCGAAGAGCAGGCACAAGGGAAAGCUUGAGACAGAAAGUUUACUAGAAUCAAAAGGCGUUAACUGGACUUCUUUAAGGCCAGUAUACAUUUAUGGACCCUUGAACUACAACCCUGUGGAAGAGUGGUUCUUUCACCGAUUGAAAGCCGGUCGCCCAAUUCCUAUUCCCAACUCAGGAAUGCAAACAACCCAGCUUGGUCAUGUAAAGGAUUUGGCAAAAGCUUUUCUUAUGGUUCUUGGAAACGAAAAGGCCUGCAAGCAAGUAUUCAACAUCUCCGGAGAGAAGUAUGUCACUUUUGAUGGGUUAGCGAGAGCAUGUGCCAAGGCUGCUGGUUUUCCUGAGCCCGAAAUUGUUCACUAUAAUCCGAAAGAGUUUGAUUUUGGCAAAAAGAAGGCGUUUCCAUUCCGUGACCAGCAUUUCUUUGCAUCCAUCGACAAAGCAAAGCACGUGCUCGGAUGGGAACCAGAGUUUGAUCUUGUUGAAGGUCUUGCUGACUCGUACAAUCUAGACUUCGGCAGAGGAACAUACAGGAAGGAGGCUGAUUUCUCAACUGAUGAUAUGAUUCUUGGCAAGAAGUUUGCCCUCCAGUCCUAGAACUCCAAUAUUUGUUUUAACCAGUGAGAUUCAGGGUCUCUUUUGGGAUGUAAAACAUUGGCAUCUGAAAUGCACCAGCUAUGGGGAAUAAAUAAAAACUGGACUUGACAGUGCAGUUUCAAAGAAAUAAUUUUUGAAGGAGCCUU